CUAUCCCUCCGCCAUUUCCUACUGCUGCUGCCUUUUACUGCUCGCGGCGGCGGCGGCGGCGAGCUCACUUGAACCAGCCGAACCCUAGCUGCCCCCCACGCCGCCGGCGAUGUCGGCGCCGUCCGCGGCCGCGCCUCCGGAGGAGGGGGAGGUGGCAUCUGCGGUGGGGGGAGGGGGAAACGAAGACAAGGUGCUGGCGGCGGCGCAGCACAUCGUCAAGUCACUGGCCACGUCGAAGAACGCGGCGGACGACAUGAUCCGCAUCCUCUCCGGGUUCGACCACCGCUUCUCCUCCAUCACCGCCGACCUCUUCCCGUCCCCGUCGCCGUCGGGCGGCGGCGGCGGCGCGGCUGGGGGCGGCACCUCCCCGGUGCCGCCCCCGCCGCCGCGAGAGGCCUUCGAGGCCGCGGAGCAGCUCAUCCGCCUCUGGGACGCCACCCCGGAGGCACUGGUGUUCGAGGCCCCCGAGGAGGACGUCGCCAGCUACCUCGCCGCGGUCGACGUCGCCGUCGACCAGCUCGCCUCCGCUGCCGGCGGUGCGGGGGAUGCCGCGGCCGCCGCGGCGGAGGCGGCGGGCGUCGUCGUGCAGCUCGCGAUGGCGCGGCUGGAGGAGGAGCUCCGCCACCUCAUGGUCCGCCACGCGGUGCCGCUGGACGCGAGCGGGCUCUUCUGCUCGCUGCGCCGCCUCUCCCUCGAGUCCAUGGACGACCUCGACACCUCCUCGGAGUUCGAUCCCACCACCCCGCACAGCCUGGAGGGCGGGCCAGACACCGCUCGUAGCGCCAGCCUGGUGGCCAACCCCUUCGAGGACCAGGUGUUCGACCUCGUGCGGCCUGAGGCGAUCGAUGAUCUGCGCUCCAUCGCCGAAAGAAUGGACCGUGCGGGGUAUGCCAGUGAGCUCGCACAGGUUUACUGUGGCAUCCGAAGGGACCUUCUCGAGGAGUGCCUCGCAGUGCUGGGGGUCGAGCGUCUCAGCAUCGACGAGGUGCAGCGUAUGGAGUGGAAGCUUCUUAAUGACAAGAUGAAGAAGUGGGUGCAUGGGGUCAAGACGGUUGCUCGAUCCCUGCUCACCAGUGAGCGUCGGAUCUGUGAUCAGGUGCUCGCUGUGUCUGAUGAGCUGCGUGAUGAGUGCUUUGUUGAAUCUACCAAGGGUUGCAUAAUGCAGAUCCUUAACUUUGGGGAUGCCGUGGCGGUGUGCACUCGUUCAUCGGAGAAGCUCUCUCGUAUUCUUGACAUGUAUGAGGCUCUUGCCGAGGUGAUCCCUGAACUGAAGGAGUUGUUCUUUGGGAAUUCUGGGAAUGAUGUAAUCUGUGAUUUGGAAGGGGUUCUUGAAAGGCUUGGAGAUGCAGUGAAGGGAACCCUUCUUGAGUUUGGGAAGGUUCUGCAGCAGGAGUCAUCACGGCGGCCUAUGAUGGCUGGUGAGAUCCACCCAAUGACACGUUAUGUGAUGAACUAUCUUAGGUUGUUGGUUAUCUACAGUGACACACUUGACAAACUCUUGGACGAUGAUUCUUCUAGGGACGUUGAUCAUGAUGAUUCGCAUAGAGAUGCUGAUGAAGAGGAGUAUCUGGAGAGCUUGUCCCCACUUGGACGCCAUUUAGUGAAGUUGAUUUCUUAUUUGGAGGCAAAUUUGGAGGAAAAAUCAAAACUUUACGAGGAUGGUGCACUGCAGUGCAUAUUUUCCAUGAAUAAUAUACUCUAUAUUGUCCAAAAGGUGAAGGACUCUGAGCUUGGGAGGAUUUUAGGUGAUCACUGGAUACGAAGGCGCCGUGGAAAGAUUCGGCAAAAUUCAAAGAACUACCUUAGGGUAUCAUGGACUAAGGUUUUGUCUUUUCUCAAGGAUGAUGCACACAGUGGCAGAAGUGGAAGUGGUAGUGGUAGUGGCAGUGGGAAUAGCUCUAGGAUCAAGGAGAAAUUCAAGAACUUCAACUUGGCCUUUGAUGAGAUAUACAGGAGUCAAACACUCUGGAAGGUACCAGAUCCUCAGCUUCGUGAAGAGCUCAAGAUAUCUAUAUCUGAAAAUGUGAUACCAGCAUAUCGUGCUUUUCUGGGAAGAUAUGGUAGUCUAGUGGAUAGUGGAAGGAAUUCAGGAAGAUACAUCAAGUAUACCCCAGAGGAUUUGGAGAAUCAUCUGUCCGAUCUAUUCGAAGGUUCACUAGGGUCUGCCAACCAUUCUAGGAGAAGAUAGUAGCUCCCAUUUGAUUAAAUUUGGUUACAGGUAUGCUUUCGUUAUAAGGGAUGCUAUGUUGCUGAAGUGCUGAGUCAUCACAUGUACUGACUAGUGCUUUCAAAUAGUCCCCUUGGUUAUUACAGUAUUGUAAUACCUUACAAGGAUCCCCUGGUUUUUCACCAUGGGAUUAUGUUUACCAAGAAGUGAUGUACAUACAUUGCUUUUUUCAAUGUGUUCAUAUCCUUGCACACUUCAUUUCCAAGAUCCAGGAACUUUGCACUUUGUAGAGUGGCCAUUUCUUGGAAUGCAACUAACAAGUAAUAAGCAUCUGUUGUUGGAGCAAUCAUAUCUAGCAAGAUACUGAUAUGAACUGAACUCAUUUAUUGUCGAUUCUGAAAUAAA